UGACCCUAGGGUCUAGUGAUCCCCUUACUUGUUUCUGAUAACCUGAAGAAGCUUGUUUUUCCACUGUUGGAGACACUCCGAUUAGGCCACAGCUGCUGAAGCAUAAGAUUUUGCAUGGGUACCAUUUCAGCACUCUCAAAUAACAACAUGGCUGAGCUGCAGGAAGAGACAACUGAGGAAUAUUAUAAAGAUGCUGCCAGUUGUUUUGGAUGACAAAGCAUUCAACCAGAAAACACACCUGGAAAGACAUCACUCAAGUGUUUACAGCAAAAUACUUCAGGAGCAAGAAAGAAAGAAAAAACAGCAACGGCAGCGCAAAGAUUUUUUUUGGAAUGCCAUCUGGAAGUUCCAAAAUUACAUCAGAGAAACAACACAAUGUUGACAAUGAAAUACUGGAGUGGAUUGGUCUUGAACUUCAUCCAUUUAGGACUGUCAAAUCACCUGCGUUCCGGUAUUUGCUGGGAAUGCUAACACCGAUUGGACAAUGUCCACUGACCAAGCUGUGAAGAUGGACUCCCAGCCCCCUGACAGCAUGAUGACAGAGUGGGGAGUGGACCUCUCUCCCAAGCAGGACAAGGGCGUGUGCAAGGUGAUAAUGAGGCCCGGAGAUGAAGCCGAGUCCCCCAUGACUGGAGACCGGGUCUCUGUCCACUACACCGGGAAACUGCUGAACGGGAAGAAGUUCGACUCCAGCCGGGAUCGCAACGAGCCUUUCACCUUCAACCUUGGCAGAGGGCAGGUGAUCAAGGCGUGGGAUAUCGGGGUCGCCAGCAUGAAGAAAGGGGAGGUGUGCCAGCUGAUGUGCCAUUCGGAGUACGCCUACGGAGUGUCAGGGAGCCCCCCCAAGAUCCCCCCCAAAUCCACCUUGAUCUUCGAGAUCGAGUUGUUGAACUUCAAGGGAGAAGAGCUGACUGAAGACGGGGGUGUUAUUAGAAGAAUAAAGCAGAAGGGGGAGGGCUUUUCAAACCCCAACGAAGGGGCCAUUGUGGAAGUUCAUCUGGAGGGGCGCAGCGGGGAGCGUGUGUUCGACUCACGGGACGUCCAGUUCGUGGUGGGCGAGGGGGAGGACCACAGCAUCCCCCUGGGAGUGGACAGAACCAUGGAGAAGAUGCAGAAGGGAGAAUGCUGCCUGAUCUACCUCAAACCACAAUAUGGGUUCGGGGAUGAGGGGAAGCCGGAGUUCCACAUUGAACCAAACGCUGAGCUCGUCUACCAAGUGACGCUGAAGGAUUUUGAAAAGGCCAAGGAAUCGUGGGAGAUGAGCAUAGAGGAGAAGCUGGAGCAGGCUGUGGGGGUGAAGCAGAAAGGCACACAGUAUUUCAAGGCGGGCCGCUACGUGCAGGCGAUGCUCCAGUACCAGAAGAUCGUGGCGUGGUUAGAGAUGGAGUGCGGGCUGGUGGAGGAGAAGCAGAGAGCCGUGCACGACCUGAUCCUGGUGACACAGCUCAACCUGGCCAUGUGCCACCUGCGGCUGCGGGAGUACACACACGCCGUGGAGAGCUGCGACAAGGUGAUUGAGCUGGACAGCUCCAAUGAGAAGGCUCUGUAUCGGCGGGGUGAGGCGCGGCUGCUGAAGAACGAGUUCAGCCUGGCGCUGCGGGACUUCGGGAGGGUACUGGAGGUGAACCCCAAGAACCGAGCAGCGCGAACGCAGAUCAGCGUCUGCAAGCGCAAGAUCCGUGAGCACCACGAGAUGGACAAGAGGACCUACGCAAACAUGUUCCAGAAGUUCGCAGAGCGCGACGCCAAGGUGAGGAAAACGAAACUUCCCAGAGACGACAGCACCAAAGAGGAGAGGAUCAACCCACCUGCCAAGCACCGGCGGAGAAGCAGAGAGCACCUGUGAGCCUGGCAGAGAGGAGAGUAUCCCAGGUCCACUCGCGAGGGAGAGGGGGUGCCGCAGACGCACACACACACCCUCCCUCUGAAACCUCAUGGCACUGACAGCAUUCCUAAAUACAGGCUCGCUUCAUCAGCCCCAGAGAGCUCAGCAACUCCUUCUAUUACUAUUGUUAAUAGUGUAAUAAGAAUUAGUACUGUUAUUAUUAUUGUUAUUAUUAUUAUUGUUGUUAGGUAAAGCAUUUCAAGUUAUUUACUGAUACUUAAGUACAACUGCUGGAAAAAAAACAAAAAACAAAAAAAACGGUCCAGACUUUUUUUUUUAUAUUCCAAUAUCCAGAAAGACACUUGAUCAGAAUGAAGAUGCAGGUGUGCAACAGACUCUCCUGCUGUUUCCAUUAAUAAAGCAUCACACAGUCCGGGAGAGAAGCCUCUCCUAACCCCACUAGGGCAGAGAGGGAAUCCCGUUUAAAUCUCACCAGCGAUUCUGCCCCAGAGGAACAGGCUGCAUGGUUAAACGUGCUAAUGUCAGAUGAGACCUGGCAAGAAAAAACAAGGACACUUUUACUGAGGCUACCUCUCCCACACAGCGGGGCAGCGGCUGAGCUGGGACUCCAAACCACUGCUCCAGCUCCCAGCCCUCCACCCACACCACUAGGCUAUACACAACUUAUCAUGGAUGAGAUGCUCCAAACAGUACAGCACAGAAGAGACUGGUACACCUGGGAAUCUUCCAGAGCACCUUGACUGAAUGUUUUACUGUUUCAUUAUUAUUAUUAUUAUUAUUAUUAUUAUUAUUAUAACUCAUUCCAAAAGAGUACAACAUACAUCACCUCCAGGUCGCAAAAAAACAAACAAAACAACAAGUGCUUUAGAAACAGCACUUGAGUAUUAGCGCUCACUUGAGUGUUAGCGCUCACUUGAGUGUUAGUGCUCACUUGAGUUUUUAAUGUUUCAAGGUUAGAUGUAAGCAGUGUUAUUAAUUAUAAAUUAACAUACUAAGCGUUUGUCUGGGUUUGACACGUUUUUUUUUUUUUUUUGGAUUCAAUUGAAAUAACAUCAAUGCUGCAAAGGUUAAGUGUGAACUUCAGUUAGUCACUCACUAGAGGGUGCCAGUGGGAAAUAACUUACUAGUACUGUAUUAGGAACUGCAUUAAAACCAUGAAUAGAAUAAGGUUAGGGGCAGGGUGUAUUAGCUUACUGCCUCAGUGUGUACAGCACCCAUUACCUUAGCGUGACUACAGCUGUCUUACAAGUACUGUAACCAUCCCCUUCUCAUUCAUUUCUAGGCCAUUUAAAUUGCUGCUAGCCGCACAGUGUUCUGUAAACUAUACUGUGCAAUACAACAGAACAAAAAGGUGUUUUCAGUGCAUCCUAUAUUAACAGAUACAAGCGCACAGUGUGAAUGAGGCUCUUUGAAGCAGACACCUGUCUUAAGCAGUUCCUUAUGUUCCUCCCCUUCCGUUAAUGAAUUAAUUGAAUUUCAAAGCUGCAGAGAUUUUAACUCAGCAAUGGCAUUGUAAUUGAAUUUCAAGUCAUGCCAUAGACUGCAGGCAAUACAAGCAGUGCCUCUGCAGAUUACCUUCAGGACAGAAGAAGAAUGUGAGUGCGCCUCACCUGGGCAGCAUGCAGGGCGGGGCGCCUCACCUGGGCAGCAUGCAGGACGGGGCGCCUCAACUGGGCAGCAUGCAGGACGGGGCGCCUCACCUGGGCAGCAUGCAGGACAGGGCGCCUCACCUGGGCAGCAUGCAGGACGGGGCGCCUCACCUGGGCAGCAUGCAGGACGGGGCGCUUCACCUGGGCAGCAUGCAGGACGGGGCGCCUCACCUGGGCAGCAUGCAGGACGGGGCGCCUCACCUGGGCAGCAUGCAGGGUGGGGCGCCUCACCUGGGCAGCAUGCAGGGCGGGGCGCCUCACCUGGGCAGCAUGCAGGGCGGGGCGCCUCACCUGGGCAGCAUGCAGGGCGGGGCGCCUCACCUGGGCAGCAUGCAGGACGGGGCGCCUCACCUGGGCAGCAUGCAGGACGGGGCGCCUCACCUGGGCAGCAUGCAGGACGGGGCGCCUCACCUGGGCAGCAUGCAGGGCGGGGCGCCUCACCUGGGCAGCAUGCAGGGCGGGGCGCCUCACCUGGGCAGCAUGCAGGGCGGGGCGCCUCACCUGGGCAGCAUGCAGGGCGGGGCGCCUCACCUGCGCAGCAUGCAGGGCUGGGCUCUACAGUUCAGUGUGGCUUAAAUAUCUAGGCUUCAUGAAGGCUGCAUGGAGGUUGCAAUUCAAACUCUCUUACACAGUGUUAAAGGCCAGUCAGGUCAGCAAUUUAAGCCCUCAUAUUCUUUUAACCACUGGUACACUUCUUCAGGUUUUAACACAAACAAGAAAAAAAAACAUGGUUUAUUUUUGGAGAAGAUGCAAAAUACCAAGAAAUUAUCCAGCAGAGGAGUGGAGGCGCUUGUCAGAAUACAGUGUCCAGCGUUCAGACAGCGGGCCCAGGGGAGUGGAGGCGCUGGUCAAAAUGCAGUGUCCAGUGUUCAGACAGCGGGCCCAGGGGCCUGAUUUACAAGACUGGUUCACGUCAACAUCUUAACUGUUUUAAUGUUUUCUUUUGUUACCAGAUGUUUUUUGUUUUUUUUUAAUUUCUUGCUUUAUUCCAGUGUUGUGUUGAUUAUUAAAAGAUACAUUUGGUUGA